AUGUUUGGUUCAAAGAAAGAUGCUAAACCUAGUUCUAAGAAUAACAACCCUUCAAGGAAGGCUUCUUCUGAGUAUAACCUAGUUCAGGGAGAAACUAAUACGAAUCCGUUUGAUGACGGUGAUGUUCAUCAUGGACGAUCUUCUUUGUCUUCGUAUGCUCCGUCAUAUGGAAAUCGGAACAUGUAUAAGAAUGAUUUCCGUGAAUCUGGGGGGUUGGAGAGUCAGUCAGUGGAGGAUUUGGAGAACUAUGCUGUUUACAAGGCUGAAGAGACUACGAAAUCGGUGGAUAAUUGUCGGAAGAUAGCUGAGGAGAUGCGAGAGGAGGCUUCCAAGACGUUGGUUAUGCUGCAUCAUCAAGGCGAGCAGAUUACAAGAAGUCAUGAUAUUGCUGCUGGCAUUGACCACGAUUUAAGUCGGGGAGAAAAGCUUUUGGGAAGCCUUGGUGGCAUGUUCUCGAGAACAUGGAAACCGAAGAAGACUGGCGCAAUAAAAGGGCCAACCAUAUUUUCCGAUGAUCCCGUCCGAAGAAGCGCCAACCACUCUGAGCAACGAGAGAAGUUAGGAUUGAACUCUGCCCCUAAAGGACAGUCAAACCCAAGGAGAGCCAUUUCGGAGCCAACUAAUGCAUUUGAAAGAGUCGAGGUUGAGAAAGGGAAGCAAGAUGAUGCACUAUCUGAUAUAAGUGAUCUGUUGGGAGAACUUAAAGGCAUGGCCAUUGACAUGGGAUCUGAAAUUGACAAGCAAACCAAAGCCAUAGGUGGAUUUGAAAAAGAUACCGAGAAGUUGAAUGACCGCAUGAAUGGCGCCAAUCGACGCACUCGCCAUUUACUUGGAAAAUAG